ACUGGAAUGCCACGGGGAAUUCUGUACAACCCACGAGCCAGAGCGCGCGAUUCCGUCUAAUCAAAGUUCGCGAGGGAGUGAGGCAGUACAGCGCCUGUCCAUCUGCUAUUAGACAUUUAAGAUCACGUUCAUAUGCACGCAGGGGUCGUUAAUGGUUUUGAGUGGCGAUAAAUGCGCAGUUUUGGUGAAGUGAAUAAUUCGAUUUUUAAGUCUACUAAUGUCCACACGAAAGAGCUAAUUUGGCGUUCUAGUCGUAAUCUGCGGACUUUGUUCUUCAGAUUGCGCUACCGGGAUUCGCAAACUGGUGGUUGACGCUCGGGAGGUAGCCUGCAUCAAACCUUACGCGCCCCUUUCAAAACGCACCUGUUUUGUAAGAGAUGACGGAAAACAGCGAGAAAGAAAAUGACCCCCACAACAGGGACUUGCAGCGAUUACCUGGAACAGUUCGUAUCCAGCCCGAAUCAAAGCUUCAGAAGCUAAAGCGCUCCCUGUCCUUCAAGUCUGUCAUCCGGAGUAAAAGUGUCGACAAUUUCUUCCAUCGGGCCAUUAGUGAGGCUCCUCCCCCAGACCUCAUUACAGAGUCUCCGCCCCCUGUGAUGGAGUCGCCCUCGCCCCCACCCUUCCAGGAGUGCUCUUUGCACUUUGAUAGGUCGCCAUCGCUGUCACCAUCCAUUAGCCCCAACCCCUCGCUGUGUUCUCGUUCGCCAUCAGUCAGCCCCUCCCUGUCAAUCAACUCCGAAGUCCUGUCGCAGCCACACCCACAGAAAACUCACUGUUUCCAGGAAUAUGUGUUUCGCCGGCCAACUGUCUGUCAGCAGUGCAAGCAAAUGAUUACAGGGAACUCUAAGCAGGGUUUGCGAUGUAAAGCGUGCAAGCUAGGAGCUCAUCUUUGGUGCUCAUCAGAGCUCUCCCAGCAAGCUUGCAAUGGCAAGUCAGGGGCAUUCAAACGGAACUUCAGUUCUCCUCUACUGACCAAUGACCUGUUUGGGGUAAUUAAAGAAGCUCCGCCCUCACGAGAACAGGGGAAGGGCACAAUGGACCCUAUAUAUGAAGCCCUGCGUUACGGAACAUCUCUUGCACAGAUGAGCCGCUCCAGUUUCGGCAGUAUUUCAGAAUCUCCAUGUCAUAAGAGUAAUGGAGGAGAGGACAAUUUGGAGCAGCAGCCCGUUACUGAAGACGUGUCUGCCUGUGACUCUGAGGUGGUUUCUCUGGCUGACAGUGAAAAGGGAGACACAGAGGACAGGGUCAGUUUAAAGGCUCCUAGACGAAUUGAGGUUCACUCCAUUCACACAUAUGUAGCUUUGUACAAGUUCCUCCCACAGGAAAAGAAUGACCUGGAGCUACAGCCAGGCGACCGCGUGCAGGUGAUGGAUGACUCCAACGAGGACUGGUGGAAGGGAAAGAGUCGCAAUAAAGUUGGUUUUUUCCCAGCAAACUUCGUACAGAGAGUGCGUCCUGGAGAACGAGUGUGGAGGGUCACACAGGGCUUCCAUGGCAACCGUGAGAAAGGCCACAUGACGGUGAAAGAGCUGCAGGUGUGUGUCGGUAAAGGUGAGGAGGAUAACGGCUUUGUGAAGCUCAGCAGCGGGAAGAAGCGUGGCCUGGUGCCCUCACACUGUGUCCUGGAGAUAUAAACCACUCCCCCUGACUGGCCAAGGGGCAGUAAGAGAUGUGAAUCACGCCCCCUGAAUGGCUGAGGGGAAGUAGGAGAUGUGAACCACACCCCCUGGCCAGCCGAGUGACAGUCGAUGUGAACCACGCCCCCUGACCAACCAAGGGGAAUCGGGAGAUCCUACAUAUCCUCACCUCUCACACCUAGACGGCAGGGACACACUUGCACAUGCGGACACAUAUGCACACACAUAUACACAUGCAUGUACACACACACACACACACACACACAUACACACACACACCUGGACGCUGCUGAGCAGAGGAUGCACCUAAGCCUCAAACGAGUACCAAUGCACCUAGGCACCUGUGCCAUUGGUACCAACGCAGCUAUACCAUCAGUACCACCACACCUGUGCCAUCAGUGUCAGAGCGUCAGAGUGUCGCUUCUUGCUGUAUCUCAUUGGAGUCAGUCGACUUUCAGGAGGCUUUCACGAGACUGAGCAAUUGGCCAGCUGCCUGAUCUGACAUCUGACCUCUAACUAACACAAUCAAUCUCAUUUGCAUCAUUGUUUUAUUCGGUAUUUAUUCUAAAGGAGAGUGAUUUGCGUGAUCUCCUUUGCAUAACAAUUUCAUUCAAUAUUAGCAACUUUAGGGAAACAUUUUAGGGAGAAGAACAUCUAAGAGCAUUAACAAUAGAGGUUAAUGUGAGUAUAUUCAACUAUAUCUCACCCUCCCCUAAAGUUGUAUGAUUUUACUGUCUCGUGGAGUUGUUCUUGUAGGCUAGCAGUCAGAAAGCUUUUUCCAUGUGAGGUUAACCCUUAGUUCACAUGAUCCAUACAGUCAUUUCUAACUACUUUUACCAUGUCAUGAUAAUCACAUGUCAUCUCAAGUCUCCUGUGUCUAUGAGCAAUUCUGACUAAAGAGGCUUUCACCUUUAAAGCAUUACAUGGAAUUCCCACUCCAUGCAGUAUUACUGCUGUGUUACCGCUGUUACCACUAUAUUUCUGUGCUACUGCAUUAGUCUCGCUCUCUCUCUCUCUCGCUCUCUCUCUCGCUCUCUCUCUUAACCUUCCUUCGCCAGUAGAAUCACUGACUUCAGAAGGCAACUUCACUGAUCAAACAUAUCUAAUUAUAUACAAUACAUGGGUAUCAUAAAAGUACCUCCAAAACAAUCAUUUCUGAUAUGCUGGAAAACAAUGUUCAGGCUACUAUAGCAACCAACCACUUUGCCAGCUGGAGCUUGAGUGAUCAAAAGCUAUUUUCUAGCAUUGAACAGUUCACAUAAGAAAUUGAGUUUAGCAUGCAAACAGCCGUUUAGAUUCUCACCAGCUUAUGAUGUCCACUAAUAUAUGUUUACAUAUUUCAGAGAUCGGCUAAACCCGAACACUACGUGACCAUCCUAGAGCUGAGACCUUGGGACACAGUUAAAUAAAUUGUAAAAUAUGGCACAAAAGGCAAGAAUAAAAUGCCAGUUAAUGCCAGUGAAGCCUAAUCUAAUUAAACAUAUGUAAUCUUUACACAACAUUGUACAUCUGAAGGGGAGACAUUCCAGACAAAUUGCAGUAGACUCUUGCAACAUGAGAAAUGCACCAAACACCUUUAGGAGCCAUAAAGGGUGAGCCAAUCCACACACUCCAUGCCGUGAGCUCCAUACCACGAGCUCCUAACUGCGAGCUCGACACCACAAGUUCUGUAAGUCUCCACAAGGAGCCCCCAGCUACAGUAGUGAAGGCAGAAAUCAAAUGAGUGUUAAUGAUGAGGGCUCCACUCUGGGACUGGGCCUCACAGCAGUGAUUCUGAUACAUCCACAUCUCAAAUUCAGCUUACGAGCAUGCUUGUGAACACAAACAAACAGAAAAUUGCUAUAAAAGGAUUAGGUUGCUGAAAACUAGAUCUGGAAAACCAACAAAAAUAAUAUUACACUUUGGGAUCAGAUAACAGAAAAUAGAAGGCAACUCCUCAUAACCAUACAGUGUUAAGACUACACCUCUGCCUUCUUGCUUUCUAAGGAUGUGCUUAGAAAUUACACUGGGUUUUCACAUGGCAGUUUCACAUGGCUGACAUUGCUGGCUCACGUUGCUGGCUCAUUUUGUCUUAGGUCACAGCAACUCAUGUGAGACUCACAGCAUCAUUCUUGAACGUAUUCAGUAUCCAUGCUCAACAAAAGUACUACUACUAAUGAGCCUCAAAUGAAGCAACAUGACAGUAAAAGAAGCCACAAGCAUGUCUGCAGUACACAUGACUUCACGUGACUACACUUCAUGUGUUUAAAAACAUGUACCAGGUAUCAAAAAGUGUAUCAAACCUAGAAUGUUCUCAUCUCAGUCCAUGAGAGUUCCGCAGACUCUUACUCUAAUGGAAUGAUCCAAACACUUUUUAGUCUUGGCAAGUACCGAACCUCAAUCAUUUUAAAAUGUCAUGGUUUAAAAAUAAUAAUAAUUUUGGCUACACAUACCAGCCAAAAGAAAUCACUCUGUUAAAAAGCGAAAUCGGCAGGAUGCCGUGAGUAGAAGUUGCUGGGGGCAUGACUUCACUCCUUACCUAACACUGGGGAAGAGACACAACUUCCUGCCUCUCUAACGCGCAUGGUUCUGCAUGUGUUCCAGUACUUCAGUGAGAGUGGAUGGGACCUCUUUGAAACAGUUCAAAUUUUCGGGUGUUAACUGAAUGUUUCCAUGUGGAUCAGCCACUGUGGCCCCUGCUAUGGUCUGAGUGACAUGUUCUCAGUUCUGAACCGAUUUAGAAACGUGGACUGGUACAGAGGACAAGAAGGCAGCCUGCAUGGAUACCAGUCGACCGACUACAUCACCCAGGCGACUUCCUGGUUUUCUUUUCAUGCCUAUCCUUCGCUUUUGCGAUUGUCACGUCUUUGGCCGGUGAUUCAGGUUUGCUUGUACUGAUACUUUAACACACUGGAUUGGGUGUGUGGGAAAAUCCAGAGCUGAACAUGUCUGACAGCAAGUACAUGUGCACCUCCAUUUGUGCAUGUAAACACUGGAUGGCAACCCACCCAAAAGCGUUCCAAUA